AUGCCUUUGUCUCAAGUCCUACAACAUCUUUUGAAGGCUAAGCUAGUCACACUGAAGGAUCCUCCGAAGUUUGUCAACACUGCGAGUCCAACUUAUGAUCCCAAAGCUACAUGUGCUUAUCAUUCCAACGCUACUGGGCACAAUGCAGAUAAUUGUUGGGCACUGAAAAACAAAGUUCAAGAUAUGAUAGAAGCUGGCGAAAUCGAGUUCGACGCUCCAGAGACUCCCAACGUCAUUACUUCUCCCAUGCCGAAACACGACAAGACUGUUAAUGCAAUCAUGGACACAAUUCAUGUCUAUGAUUUCGAAGAUGUGUCUGUAAUUUCCAAAGCUCCGCUAAAAAUUCCUACUAAGGCUCCUUUCAAGAUUUCUGCUGAACCCCGUGUGGCUCCAAUUAUUAUUACUAAACCUUGUCCGAUUCCAUAUUCUUCUGAUAAAGCUAUCCCUUGGAAUUAUGGUGCUGAGAUCUAUGUUCAAGGAACUAAGCAAGAACUCGAGUCUGAUGAAGUUGCUGAAAACACCAAUUCUGACAUGGGUAAUAUUGCUGGAAAUAGCAAAGUGACAAGAAGUGGAAGGGUGUUUUCUCCAGAAAUCUCUCCGAACAGUGCUUCACCUGCCGUUACUGUUACUCCAAAUGCUGAUGCUCGUGGUAAAGGACCAUUGCAUGAACAUGAGACUAUCUCUAUGCUGUCACUUUUGAGUUGUUCCAAAACUCACGCCAAAGCCAUGAUGAAGUUUCUAGAAGCUGCCCAUGUGCCUCAAGAGAUUUCUGUUAAUCAACUCGAGAAGUGCAUUGCGAACCUGACGACAGAGAAUUACCUUGGGUUUUCUGAUGCUAAUCUGAGUCCUAGUGGAAAGAACCAUAACAAAGCGCUACGUAUAUCCAUUGAAUGUGGGGGCACCACUCUGGCCCAUGUGUUAGUAGACAAUGGUUCGUCUUUGAACGUGCUGCCCAAGCUGGUAUUGGACAAACUCCGACCUGAAGGAGCUACAUUGAAAUCUAGUGAUGUGAUUGUAAAAGCUUUUGAUGGAUCAAUGAGUACUGUACAUGGUGAAAUCGAGCUCCCGAUCAGAAAGCCGAAAUACCCUGCAAAAGGCAAAAUUGUCACUGUUCAUGGCGAAGAAGAGUAUAUGGUAAGUUUCGUAGAUGAAACCAAGUAUAUUGAGCUCACUAUAGAAGGUUUUGAGACUCCCUGUCAAGCAUUUGAGUUGGUCCCUCAAUCCAACAAAUGGGGUCUAGGUUGCACUGCUAAGGAUCAGAGUGGAGGAAAACAUCCUCGUCCUGAAGGUUUGAAGUAUCAUUUCAUCAGCAAAGGAGUCAACGCCAUUAGUGAAGAUGAAUACAACUGCAACCUGGACAAAUGGGUCUUCCACACAUCUGACAAAGGGCUGGACAACUGGAAGACUGAAGACAUUGUUUCUAUCUCAUAUAAUUAG